UUAAUUUGAAAACAGAAAACAAAAUGGCGAAUUUCAUAAAACCUUAUAGAUGCUACACAAUGUAAAAUCAAUGAAAUAUUUAACUCAACCCAUAUUUAUUAAUGUAAAUAGUGUUUAAUCACUGUACAAAAAUGGAAUUUGACGAAAUAAUUGUGAAAGAGAGCCCAGGACUCUGCCGGUGCUGUUUAUCCGAAGGUUGUUACAAAGAUUUGGGGACGGAGUACUCUUGGAUGAAUGAAAAUGAAGUUUAUGCCGAUAUGUUAUUGGAAUGUUUCGAUAUUAGCAUAUCACAGCACAAUGAGGGUCCCAACGGACCCAACCGGCUCAUAUGCGAGGUAUGCAUCACUCGACUCCGAGACGCAUGCAACUUCAAGAAACAGGUGAUGGACUCGGAGAAGAAAUUCAUUGAUAUGAUUGGCAGGGGCGAGUUUAGGCCAAAAGUUCUUAUAUAUCAAACACAAAUGAAGGCGGAGGGUGUAGAAGCGGAAACGAAUGACGAAGCGGAAAUAGAGUACCUGGAGGAUGACAUGGAGCUCGGAGAUGACGAAUUCCUGAAAUCAGCUGAGAAUCCAGAGGCUACCGUCUCCGAAGGCAUCACAGUCACAACACUGCCAGUGAAGAACAAACGCGGCCGACCAAAGAAGAAUGCCACAGCUGUGAAGCCGGAGAAGAAGGCGAAGAUCUCCCAAGUGGAGGAGAAGCCCAGGUCGUCCAAAGCCGUAAUCAAAGAUCUAAAACUGCGGAAAUACAAGGGCUGCGAAUCGUCUUCGAUGCGCAGAAGGAAAAAUCUACAAAUUGUGUUUAACAACACAAGCAUACUACCAUUCAAAUGGCGAGGAAAGUAUCUCUGCUUCUACUGCAGCAAAGAUAUCGCCGAAUACACAGAAUUGAGGAAACACACGAAAUCGCACGGGAGCUGUUCUACUAAAGAUCAUUCCCUAAAAGUUUUGAAAGGUGGUCAAAACAUGGAAAUAAAAUUGGACGUCUCGGAAAUUACUUGUGAGAUCUGCAACGAAUCUUUCCCUUCAUUCGAUGAGAUUUUAAACCAUUUGUACAUUAAACAUAAGUUAGAAUACGACAAAGCCGUGGACAUGGCUAUAGAAGAGUACAGAUUGGUGGACUUGGCUUGUUUGGCGUGCGGUGAGAAAUUUUCGUACUUCGGUUACUUAGUAUCACACGUGAAUAAUAAUCACCCCAAAAACUGUCUAAUUUGUGACAAAUGUAAUCAGAAGUUUAACAAAAAGAGAGAUCUGUUCUCCCACAUGAAGAAUUACCAUCGAGAAGGUGGUUAUCAGUGUGAAAUGUGCCCACAAACAUUCAGCUCUUUAAAUAUCUUGCGCAAACAUAGAAAUAACAGGCAUUUGACUAGAUGUAAUAUAUGUCAAUUGAAGUUACCGUCAGCUGCUUUAAAACAAAAGCAUAUAGAGUUAGAACAUCCAGAUGACGGGUCUCUGCAGUGUGAUAAUUGUUACAAGGAAUUCCACACAAAGCAUGGUCUAAAAAUGCACGCUAGAAAAUGCAAAGGCGAGGCAGAUUUGUUCGAAUUUACAAUUAAAAAAGAGGGCUACGAUGUUAUGGACCUUGAUGAUAACUACGAGGAUAAAGUGAAACGACCUAGUGUCAAGCAAAUCCGUGAAAACAUUCUCAUAGUCAUAAACAUGUCCACAGCAAUACCAUUUAAUUUUUACAAGAACAAAUUUAAUUGUUUCUACUGCUCCAAAGAUUUCCCUGACUCUGAUUCCAUGAGAGAGCACACAGUUAUGGAACACCCGGUAUGCGAUAUGAAACAGAAAUGCAUCAGGAAGUGCAGGGAGUCAGUGGCUUGCGUGAAAAUCGAUGUAUCUUCACUCACUUGUAAAAUUUGCUUCGAAUCCAUGAGUGAUUUGGAAAAGUUACUGGACCAUUUAAUGUUGAAACAUGAGGCUAACUAUGAUAAGUCUAUUACGACCUGUCUGCAACCGUUUAGAUUGAUCAAAGACCAUAUGGAAUGCCCGCAUUGUCCCGGGGAAGUGUUUCGAUUCUUUGGGACUUUACUAAAACACAUGAAUAAAAAACAUACAAACAACAAUAUUAUUUGUGUAUACUGCGGCCAGACUUUCAGACGCGAUCAGAAUCUGCGUGUUCACAUUUGGAGACACCACAGAGAUGGGCGCUUCAAAUGUAACAUUUGCGGUGCUGAGUGUAAUAUUCCUUCAAGACUGUACAUGCAUAUGGCGAAAGCGCACGGAGUGAAAGCGGCCAAAUGUCCAAAAUGCCCUGAAGCGUUUGCAACGCAAUAUCUGAGACAGAAACAUUUGAUCGAAGCCCACGAUUCAGGACACAAAUGUACAUAUUGCGGUAAACUCUUCACACGAAACUCUUUCAUGCGAGAUCACAUAAGACGGACACAUUUGAAGGAGAAAAAUGUGGAAUGUUCCAUUUGUAAUAUGAAAUUCUUCAACAAUAUACUGUUGAGGCGGCAUAUGGUGAAACACAGCGGUGAAAAGAAUUUUCACUGUGACAUUUGCGGGGAAAGAUUCUUCUGGAGAAAGAGUCUACGAACGCACAUGGCUAGACAUAAUAAGAAUUUGCAUUCAAUACAAUUAUUAAGUUAGCGGCAGAAUCUGCAAACAUUAUUCAACAACACCUCAAUGGUGCCUUUUAAAUGGAGGGGAAAGUACAUGUGCUUUUACUGCGGCGAAGACUUGGUUGCUUACGGGGAUUUAAGGGCACAUACAAAAACUCACGGCUUCUGUUCAGACAGAGAUCGAGCUCUUAGACUAGUUCGCACCAGUGACACCGAAGUGAAAAUCGAUGUUUCUGAUAUCACUUGUAAACUAUGCAAUGAGUUUUUUAAUACUUUCGACGAAAUAGUCGUUCAUUUGAUCUCCAAACAUAAACUGCCUUACAACAAAGAAGUCGAGUUGAUAAUAUCCACUUAUAGAUUAGUAGAUUUAAAAUGUUUAUUGUGCGAUGAGAAAUUCAAAUACUUUAGUAAACUUAUCACUCACGUUAAUAAUACGCACCCUACCAACUGUUUUAUAUGUUACGAAUGUAAUCAGAAAUUUAAUAAGAAAAGAGACUUGGAGUCGCAUUUAAGGACGCAUCAUCGGAAACAGUAUCAAUGUACAAAAUGUACUGCACAAUUUUCAUCUAAUGCUGCCUUAUUGAAACACAAAUCACAUUCGCACACAUCAACCUGUAAUAUUUGCUUUGAAACGUUCUCUACUAACAGCAAAAGGCUUAAACAUAUGAAACUUGAACACAUUUCUGACGGGGUCUUACAGUGCGGGUUCUGUCUCAAAACGCUAAGUACUAAAUUGGCGUUCCUAAACCACGCGGCGAAAUGUACUAUUAACGACAAUUCUAAAACUGUAGACGAAUGUAUAACUGUAGAAGCCAACGAAAAGAAAGCCACCGUCUCUGAAAUCCGAAAUAAUAUCGCGUGUAUUCUAAACAUGUCCACGGCAAUGCCCUUUAAAUUUUUCAUGAACAGAUUCCGAUGUUUUUAUUGUCCAAAAGAUUUUAUUGAAUGCGAUGAACUCAAAGAACACACAAUUACAGAACAUCCAAUUUGUGAUACGAAACUCAAGUGUUUUAGGCUGCGCAACAGAGAAGACGGUAUUAGAAUCAAAGUUGAUGUGGCGUCUUUAUCUUGUAAGAUGUGCAUGGAAACAAUGCAAGAUUUAGAUGCGCUAAUAGAUCAUAUUAUUGUGGAACACAAAGCACAGUAUAUAAAAUCGGUCGAUAACAACAUGCAACCUUUUACUUUACUAAAAGAUAGUUUCUCGUGUCCUUUUUGUGAACAAGUAUACAGAUACUUUGGUACGCUCUUAAAACAUGUUAGCAGGGGUCACGCGGACAAUAGAAUUAUUUGUGUACACUGUGGCAGGUCGUUUAGGACUGAUCCCAGUUUAAGAGCCCAUAUCUCGCGAAGUCACAGAAUUAACAAUUACAAGUGUAAUCUUUGUGAUCACGAAUUUACAACAAAUCACGCCUUACACACUCAUUGCGGUCGAGUCCACGGCUACAGGACAUCCGAGUGUUCGCAAUGUCUUAAGAGAUUUACGUCUCUAUAUUGGAUGCAAAGGCAUAUGAUUAAUGCUCAUGGUACAGGUCACAAAUGUUCACACUGCAGCAAAUUGUUCACCAAGAACUCUCACAUGGUGAAUCACGUUAGGCGUACACAUCUGAAGGAGAAAAACGUGCAAUGCGCCAUCUGUUUCGAGAAAUUUUUCGACGUACAACAUUUGAGAACGCACACCGUAAAACACACAGGCGAACGGAAUUUUCAUUGUGAUAUUUGUGGCAAGAAAUUCCUCUGGAAGAAAAACCUUAGGGCCCACAUGGCCAAGAAUAAUUUGUUUUCAGAUGAAUAUGCGCCUGGGCCUUACGAAGCGUGUGCCUCUGAGAGAAGGCGGAAAAACUUGAAAAUACUGUUCAACAACACGACGAUAAUGCCAUUCAAAUGGCGCGGGAAAUUUCUCUGUUUCCACUGCGCUAAGACGUACACUCAGUACCAGGAUUUUAAAAAGCAUACCAAAGCACACGGACACUGCACCACUAAGGAUUACUCCUUGAAAAUCAUCAAAGGAAAUCACAUUGAGAUAAAACUCGACAUAUCUGAAAUUGUAUGCGAAAUAUGCAAUGAACCAUUUGAUAGUCUAAAAGAAAUAGUUGACCAUCUGAUUGGAAAACAUAAAUUGGAAUACGACAGAACAGUCGAUAUACCCUUCCAAGAGUACAAGCUAGUAGAUUUGCGCUGUAUGUACUGUGAUGAGCAGUUUAGCUAUUUUGGAUAUCUGGUUAACCACGUGAACGUUAUGCACCCGCAGAACAGUUUCAUUUGCGACGACUGCGGUGCGACUUUCAACAAGAAAAGGGAUAUGGCGUUACACUUAAGGAACUACCAUCGCCAAGGAGGUUACCCUUGCGACCAAUGCGCGCAGAACUUCGAAACUUAUUACCUAUUGCGCACGCAUCAAAAUACAGUGCACUUCCGGAGAUGCAAGAAAUGUAACAUGAAGUUUGUGUCACUCACACUUCUACAAAAGCACAUACGAUUAGAACACACUCAAGAUGACGGUACUCUAAAAUGCUCAUUUUGCGCAAAAGAAUUCCGCUCUUCACAAGGUUUAUCGCAACACAUAAGUAAGUGUAAGGUGAAGACUCCGCAAAUAGAACUGCAAGACAGUACCGCAUUCGUCUCGGAACAUAACCUGGAGCCCAAGAAGAAGCAGAACAUUUUGCAGAUACGACAAAACAUUCAGUGCGUUCUCAAUAUGUCCACGGCUGUGCCUUUCAAGUUUUUCUCCAAAUACACAUGUUUUUAUUGUUCAAAGAAGUUUAUUGAAUUCGAAGAAUUAAGAGAGCACACAAUGACGGAGCAUCCCGUUUGUGAUCUUAAGUCUAAAUCUAUGAGAAAAUGUAAAGGCGAAAGGGUUAGCGUCAAAAUUGAUAUAGCCUCGCUUGCUUGCAAACUAUGCUGCCAGUCGAUGUCUGAAUUGGACUCUCUCAUAGACCAUUUGAUAUCCGAACACAAGGCCAAUUACGAUAAAGCUGUGACCGGCUGUUUGGAACCAUUUAAGGUCAUCAAAGACAGUAUGCCGUGCCCGCUGUGUCCCGACAAAGUGUUCCGAUACUUCGGUAUACUGUUGCGUCACAUGAACGCGGAACAUAGUAACAAUAAUAGAAUAUGUGAUUUCUGCGGACGUUGCUUCCGGAACGUGGCAAAUUUAAACGUUCACAUAUCGUACACGCAUACGGGUGCGUGCGAAUGCAAUGUAUGCGGUAUACAGUACAAGAAUCAAUGGUGCCUCGCCCGGCAUAGGGCUAGGAAACAUAACGCUAAGGACUACAAAUGCCCGAAAUGUCCAGACAAGUUUCCAUCUCAGUACCACAAACAAAAGCACCUGAUAAAGGUCCACGAUAUCGGACACAAGUGCAGUUACUGCGAGAAGAUGUUUACGAGAAACUCCUUCAUGAAAGAUCACAUAAGGCGGACGCAUUUGAGGGAAAAGAACGUGCCAUGUUCUGUUUGUAACGAGCGGUUUUUUGAUAAUUAUUUGCUGAGAAUGCACAUGGUGAAACACGAGGGCGACAGGAAGUUUGUUUGCGCUGUAUGCGGUAAAGCUUUCCUAAGGAAAAGUGCAAAAUUUAACACAGUGGAGGACAAAUAUAAGAAAAUGGAAAUGGCGCGUAAGUUUAUGAUAAAAUGCCGAAAUAUCGAGUACGUGCUACAGUACAGCAAUGUGACGCCAUUCCUCUGGUACAAAGGGAAAUAUAGGUGUUUCUAUUGUACCGAACCUAUAAAAGAUCCACAGUUACUCCGCGAGCAUACCGCCAAUGUACACCAAUUCGCAAACCUAGAACUCGUAGUGCACGAUCGGACUAAAAACAACAGGAACAAAGACGCCGCAGUGAAAAUCGACGUAACAGACGUUACUUGCAAGCUUUGUCGCAAAGGUGUUACUAAUUUGGAAGAGCUAAUACACCAUUUGAUUAUAGCUCACGACGCUGAAUACGAUGUGAGCGUUCCCAACUGUUUGUUGCCGUUCAAACUGGACAAAGAUCAACCCACGUGUCCCACGUGUGACACGAAAUUCGUUUUCUUCGAAUACCUUCUUCGGCACGCCAACAAGCACCAUUUGUCGCACGAUUAUAUAUGCGACGUAUGCGGCACAAGUUUUCAAGGCGAGAACCAUUUGAAGAUGCACAACCGUUACUAUCACAGACAAGGCGGUUACACGUGCGACUAUUGCGGCAUUAAUUUAGCGACACUCUCCAAGAAGAUACUCCAUGAAAAGAAUAUACACUUGGUGAACUUGUCCACGUGUCCACACUGUCCAGAGACCUUCAAGAGUCCGUACUUUAAAAAGCUGCACUUGGCCAACGUUCACGGCGUCGAGGAGUUAAAAAUAAAGUGCCCCUAUUGCCCGAAGGUUUAUCCGCAAGAGAGUAUUAUGUCAAGGCACAUGAGGAGGGUACAUUUACGAGAGAAGAACGUGAAAUGCGAGGUAUGCGGUGAUAAGUUCUUUGGGCCUUACGAUGUCAAAUUGCACAUGGUUAAACACAACGGUGAUAAGAAAUUUGUCUGUUCUGUGUGCGGAAAGAAAUUCUCAAAGAAAAGCAACUUAAACACUCAUUCAAUUUUACAUACGGGCGAGAAAAAGUUCGUUUGUACCGUUUGUAAUAAAGCGUUUGCCCAUCAAGCCAACUUUAAGAUGCACAUGAAAAACCGCCACGCACAGUAUUCUGAAGAGACUCCAGAAGUGGUUGAGGAUAUUGAUGAAACAGAAAUGGUGCAAAUGGAAUUCAUAAGGGACGACUUAGAGGGAGCUGAAGUUAUAGGACAGUACGUGCAUUGACGCUGAACCCCAACAAAACAAAAUAUAUACUUUACGCGUGAUUUCAAUGAUAUUAAUCACUUAUGAUAUUCUAAAUUAUUGAUAAUUAAACAUCCAAUUAGACUGUUGUUUUAAUAUUACUCCUAGAAAUGUUAACACAACAUACUCUGUAAAUAUGGACCGAACAAUGUACGAUGCAUUAUGAUACACUAAUGACGCAGCUAAUAAUUAUAGUGUUGAAUGAAUUAGAUACAGUUUUCAAAUAAAUAAUACUUAAAAUAGA